AUGCGAAAAAAGCAGCUGUGCGGGCGAAGAAUGAAGAUGCAAGAUUGCUUCCAAUGCAAGUCGAAAGAGUUACAGGGUCGUCUUCCCCAACAGACCAGCUCGGAAGAUGCUUUGGAUGUGCAUGAUACCUAUCUUCACGAGACCGGCCUCAGGUCUCCAGUGAGCCCUACAGGCGCCGAUCAAGGCUUGUCGGACCAACUAUCAACGUAA